AUGAUCCCCGCAAGGACAAUGCUCGGAGUGAACUCGUUGUUGGCGUUAACGUUCCAAUUUGGAAACAUUAUGAGAAAUCUACCACGAGUCAGUUACGUCAAAGCACUAGGUAGAUCUCUACUUUAUCUUCAAAAAAUUAUGCAUGAACCGAUUGUUAAAGAUGUAUGGAUGCUGGUCUGCUUGACAUUUGUGUUCUCAUCGCUUUUGGAAUUGGCAAUGAUAGGAGCGAUUGGUGCGAAAAUGGAAGUAAGUGGCUUUCAAAUAUCUGUAGUAAAUCAAAAUUCUAAAAGUGUUCAUUCUUCAUACAGCAAACAAAAGCGCCAUGUCCCACAACACAACGGUCCCGUUCCUCUUCCUGUACAUCACCGCGUAUAUGUCGCAAUCACGUACAGUCCGAUUCACCUCAUGGAUUCCGUAGUUAUGGGACCACAGGUUGGUCAUGUAAUCCAGAAUGAGACCAAAAGUUUGAACGUAGAACAUACAAUGUUCCCACAUACGACCAAGAUAAAGGUGCACGGUAACCUCAUUACGGUACAAAUGAUUGGCCAGUAUGCAAAUUAG